GCUUUAUACCGCGACCCGCCCCCGCGCGAUGCCCCUCGCUCUCAGACUCUCUCCUGCCCUCGCUGCGCCCCGCCUCAGGACCCGGUUCGUGCCCCGACACUCGCUCUUCAGAUACAGGAUGGCGUCCACUUCUGCUUUUGGUCUUAAAGACCCGUCGCUCGUGCGCACGCAGGCAUACAUUGGAGGGAAAUGGGUCGACGCGAAGGAGGGCGGGACUAUCAAGGUCACCAACCCCGCGACGGAGGAGGAGCUGGGGACUAUCCCUGAGAUGGGCCUUGCGGAGACGAAGGAGGCUAUUGAAGCUGCUGCCACCGCGUUCAAGACGUGGAGCAAAACCACUGCCAAGCACCGGCAUGACGUCCUCAAAAAGUUCUUCGGGCUCAUGCAAGAGCACCAGGACGACCUCGCGCGUCUCAUCACUCUGGAGAACGGCAAGCCGCUCGCGGAGGCCAAGGGAGAACAUGCGUACAGCGCGUCUUUCAUCGAGUGGUUCGCUGAGGAAGCCGUUCGGACCUACGGAGAGACCAUCCCGUCGCCAUUCCCCAACAUCCGCAACGUUGUCAUCAAGCAACCUAUCGGCGUUGUCUCCAUCCUCACGCCCUGGAACUUCCCGUCCGCGAUGAUCACCCGCAAGCUCGGCGCGGCCCUCGCCGCGGGCUGCACCGCGGUCAUCAAGCCCCCCGCCGAGACGCCGUUCUCCGCGCUCGCGCUCGUCGAGCUCGCGACGCGCGCGGGCGUGCCCCCGGGCGUGAUCAACGUCGUGACCACGCACGCGAACGUGAGCGAGGUCGGGCGCGAGAUGUGCGAGAACGUGGCGGUGAAGAAGGUGUCGUUCACGGGCAGCACGCCCGUCGCGAAGAUGCUGUAUGGGCUCGCUGCGGGGACGCUGAAGAAGGUAUCCAUCGAGGCGGGCGGAAACGCGCCGUUCAUCGUGUUCGAUGAUGCCGACAUCGACGCGGCCGUAACGGGUGCGAUUGCAUGCAAGUUCCGCGGCACGGGCCAGACCUGCGUGUGCGCGAACCGGAUAUACGUGCAGUCGUCCGUGUACGCCGACUUCGCGUCGCGCCUCGCCGAAAAGGUCGCUGCGUUCAAGGUCGGCAACGGCCUCGACAAGGACACCACGCACGGACCGCUGAUCCACGACCGCGCCGUCGAGAAAGUCGAGAAGCACGUCGAGGACGCGCUCGCGAAGGGCGCGCAGCUCGUACAUGGGGGCAAGCGCCUCCCCGGCGCCGGCUCGUUCUUCGCGCCCACGGUGCUCGCGGACGUGCCCGCCGACGCGCUCGUGAACUCGGAAGAGACGUUCGGGCCGCUCGCGGCGCUGACGAAGUUCGAGACUGAGGAAGAGGUGUUGCGGCUCGCGAACGCGACGUCUGUCGGCCUCGCGGGGUACUUCUUCUCGCGCGAUGUGGGACGGGUAUGGCGCGUCGCGGAGGCGCUGGAGGUCGGUAUGGUCGGUACGAACACGGGCGUGAUCAGCCAAGCCGUUAUUCCCUUCGGAGGGGUCAAGGAGAGCGGGCUCGGCCGGGAGGGCGGCCACGGUAUCGAGGAGUACAUGAACACAAAGUACAUCGCGUUCGGCCUCUGAGCGGGGCGGCGCGCGGAGAAGUCAUAGCGGGUCUGCCGCGGCCGGUAUGUGCAAGGCUACCCGGUCCGUGUUUGUUGUCUCGAUGUAGCACUAUGCAUGUUGCGAACACAUUGAACAGUCAAUUUAACUACCUUCAUGAUCGUUUGUCAGAAGCGCC